UAUUUAUUUUAUUAUUCCUCCUCUCUUGGUUCUCUGCAAAUUGUUUUGCUUACCCUUCGUUAUUCCAAUACUGAAGCAUUUUUGUUUUUCUUCUUCUUGUAUGCCAAUUUGUGACCUUCCCCUAUCUCCCUUAGCUUCUAUGUCUGAUGAUAGUACUUUGUCUUCUAAGGCAAUAGAAGCUUCAGAAUACUCAUUCAUCUUAUGAUGUAAUAGGCGUGUGUCUAGCUUUGCCUCUUUCUGUGAUUUUCCCAACAACCCUUUCUAUAUUGCUGAAUCAAAUGGAACACGAGAAAGCCCCUAUCUUGGUUGAAGAAAGGACGAUGCAGGAAAUUGAGAUUCCCAUUGCCUCUGAAAGACUUGAUGUUCUUCCUAUGAAGGCAGACUCAUCUUGCAGUUCUGUUUGUCCUUUUUCCGGACAAGAAAACAGUGUUGUGGCAUCAAAGGAGUCUUCAAAGUCAGCAAAGAAACUCUCUGGACUCAUUGUUUUCUAUGCUAUUGUUAUGGUUGUGGAACUUAUUGGUGGAAUAAAAGCUCACAGCCUAGCAGUCAUUAGUGAUGCAGCACACUUGCUUUCUGAUAUUGCUGGAUUCUCUAUCUCUCUUUUUGCAGUGUGGGCUUCAGGUUGGGAGGCAACACCGCACCAAUCUUUUGGAUACAAUCGUCUUGAGGUUUUGGGGGCUCUUGCGUCUGUGCAGUUAAUUUGGUUGAUAUCUGGUUUUUUGAUAUACGAAGCAAUUGGUAGAAUUCUCGUCCGAAAUGCCAGUGUGAAAGGAAAGCUCAUGCUUGCAAUUGCAGCACUUGGGUUUGUUCUUAACUUCAUCAUGGUUGCAUGGAUUGGUCAUGAUCAUAGUCAUCACCACCAUCAUCAUCAUCAUGGUUGUGAAAGCUCGGGUCAUGAUCAUAAUCAUCAUCAAUGCCAGACAGAUCAUGAUCAUGGGAAGGAGGAACAAUCUAUUAUAACUGAUGAGGAGAAUGUUACCCUGGUUUCAAGUAUUCAGACAAACACUAAUGUCUUGAACAUAAAUCUGCAGGGGGCAUAUUUGCAUGUCAUGGCUGAUAUGAUUCAAUCUAUUGGAGUGAUGAUUGCUGGAGCCAUAAUAUGGGCAAAACCUGAGUGGUUUAUGGUUGACCUUGUGUGUACUCUUCUAUUUUCUGUUUUGUCUUUAAGUACUACUCUUCCCAUGCUUAGGAAUAUUUAUGGCAUUCUGAUGGAAAGGACACCAAGUGAGAUCGAUAUUAGUAAGCUGGAAAAUGGCCUCCUAAAUAUCAAGGGAGUGCAGGAUGUUCAUGACUUGCACGUUUGGGCUAUAACUGUUGGAAAAUGUGUACUGUCUUGCCACGUAGUGGCUGAGCCUGGCAUAAGUUCCAUUGAUUUACUUGGCACGAUUAAACAUUACUGUGAAAAAAAGAAUCAAAUACAACAUGUAACCAUACAAAUUGAGUAGAUACAUUGUUUUCCCUUUCCUUUAUUCCCUCCUUAUGAAUUAUUGGCAGAUGCAUCGUCAUAUAGAUUCAAAAAAUGAAUUUUAUUCUUUUAUA